AUGGAAGACCCUCCGAGGGCUCUCGAGCAUAGAAACAGUGCCACUGCGAUGACCCCUCAGUUCAAAGCACAUUGCAGUGGCCACCUGGGUCGGCGCCAUGUGGGAAGAAAUCAGCAAACAGAAGAGACGCUGACAAAGGGCAUGAUGAAAUCAUGGAAGAAAGGUUCGGCUGAAUUUAUGGAACUCACAGCAGCCCCGGAGAUUGCAGAUGUUCGUAGAGCCCUGCACAUGGGCGCCAUCAGGGUGGGCUUGGUGGAAGCACACCGAACACAAGUGACAAACGAAAGAGAAGGUCUAGAUCAAAGCAGGGAGGGAAAUGGCAUCCUGGAAGGAAGUGACCCCGACGAUAGGAUAAUGGUUACUUAUGUGGGGUACAAAGAGCUGCUGUUGGGUCGGGAAGUGAAGGAGGUUUUCCGACGCCAGAAUUCUGUCCCACGCUGGCUGGUGCACAACACGUUUAAUACAAAAGAGCGGUUUGGCAAAGGUAGAAUGUAUGGCUAUGACAAACCUAAUUCCCUAGACCCGAAAUCCUCGGAAGGGUUCUGGGAUAACAAGUACGUAUCAGCACACCCAGCUUGGCUAAAAUCUCAUAGUUUGGUGAAAAGCAAUGACUGCAAAGACUGUGCCCUUCAGCACCCUGCGGCUGACACAUGCUUGGAAAAUCGAGCCCUGCAGAAAGAAACCUUGACUGAGAACCAAUGGCAUCACAUUUCAGCCAAGUGCCUGAGAGCAGAGCCGCCACCUCCGACAACUGACAACUUCACACAGUUCAAGCCGGCAGCCUCCCCACAGGGCGGGUUGAGGAGGAUGUGGGAGGUGUCCCCUGUCACCUGCCAGGUGCCAGCGUGGUCCCCAGAAACCAAGCUCUGCUCCGGGCUGGAUAUCCUGAAAGGGAGCAGGGCACAGCCAGGGAAAGGCUGCAGGCAGGAGCAGGAGGAGGGCAGCUGUGCCCUCCAGUCCUCCUUCCAGACCUGGGGGAGGGGGCGCUCUCGCCUGCAGCCCCGGGACAGCCCCGCGGGCCGCCAGGCGGCAGGGCUGACGGGCUUGCAGGAUGGCUGGGUGACCUCGGCCAACUUCGGCGACUCCUUGGGGAAGGUGAAAGGGUUGGGGAGCCUGAGGCUCGGAGGGUGGGGGGAGACGCCAGGGCCUGGCAGCAGGGAUCCCAAGGGGGUUUCUGCCAGCGACAGCUCCCCGACUCCUGGCACGGUCCGCCCCCGCGACCCCGGCCCCUGCAGCCCGGCGCCCGAACUCUGCCCUGACUUUGCCACUUUCCGGAGCAGGAGUCCGUCUCCACCGACCGGGAGGGGGAGGGGAGGGGUGCUCCCCGACAGGCUCCGCGCAGUUCGGAGCCGCUGUCUGGGCGCUCGCCGCCUCGCCGCGCCGGUCAGGCAAGUGGCCGGCCCAAGUCGGGGUCGUGUUGUGGGCACGGAGGGAGGGCCGCCCUCUCCUCUCCUCCUCCCCCUCUCCAGACCGGAGCGAGGGAGGGAGGCAGGGGUCCCACGGCGCUCUCCGCCAGGACCGCAGAGCCGGGCCCUGCCCGCGCGUCUCCAGGGUGACAUUCAGUGCCAACUGCUCCCUUUUGACCGGCGCCAGUCCCCGCCUGGGCAAAACACAUUUGCGAAGCGUGGGGGGAAGGGAAGGCAGCGCCCCCUCGGCCCCGAGCUGGGGGUUUCUGUGCCGCCCAAGCCCGAGCCCCAUCUGCACGACCCGCUGCUGCCCGCUACCCACCAGGCCCAGGCCGACACGGGCAGAACCGGCCCGGAGCCUCCGCCCCACCGCCACGCGUGUCCGUGUCCGCGGCCGCGCUGCUGACCUGCGCGGCGGCUGCGCCCGGUGUGUAGGCCUCGCCACCACCCGAGCUAUUUUCGUCUCCGGGAGAUGUUCUUUAAAGCCUUUUAAAAAUGGGGAGGGGGCAGGGAAGA